UUGAACAGCAGAAGGAUUAUCAAUUUCAAUUUCAAACCAUUCUUUUCUUCAGUUUAUCAGAAUUUCAGCGAAACGAUUGACUUAUUCAGGGCCCCACACAUCUACUACGCCCUAAUCGAUGCUGGAUUCGAAAAUCAAUUAGCAUUCCUCUGCGAAGAGCGCCGUAUACAGGAAUGUGAUCCGAAUCUUGCUAAAAUCAAAAUGUUCCUCAAGAAACGAUAUCGUCUCUUAUCCGCUGAACAUAAAGAACUUCUCGAUUACGCCAGACGUGUUUCGUACUGUAGUCGAACAGGAAGACUGUCCGCAUUCCGUGCUCAUCGCUUCCAUGAAUUUCUGGGAUUUCCUGACUUACAGACGGAUCUCAUCUAUAUACUCGACUUUUUGGCCAGAGAAAUAGUAAUGGAGGUCACCUAUCGUGCUGCUCAAGCACGUCAGGUUGAGCAGGAAAAACUUCUCACAACUCCCAGUUCCAUGAAGCAACCAUCUUCGAAGAAAAAACUAGCCAUUGAAAGCCUUGAGCUUUGCUAUUAUGAGGAAAGGGCUGGCGUACUUUGCAGUGGAUGGUCGAAAAAAAUCGUAAAUCCAUGGAAAUGGGAAAGUGAUCACGAUUAUAACAAAAGGGAAAUGGCUGAGCGACGUGAACUUGAAGAACAGGGACCUUGGCCGAGCCGCUUCGCCUAUGUCUCGUCGGCUGAACUCUUUGAAGAACACAAAAAGGUACUACGAGGCGAGUAUUGGGACAGCUGCCCGGAGGAUCUUACGAAGGAGGCAUUCGCCGUUGCCAAUGCUUAUGCAGCCGCACGUCAAUCCCAUAUAAACCUACCAGAGCCACAAGUUCCUACCAAAUGGCAACAGCAGAACAUCGAAAGCAAUGAGAAGGAACACGAACGUUUGAAGAAACUCCUGGAAUCGAAUAGUCAGAGUGAACUGGAAAAACGCCUGACGAAUCAGUUAGUCAAGAUGAUGGCAGAGAAUAACAUUGACGAUACAGCAUCGGUUGCCGAAACUGAUGGUCAUACUAACUUGGAAAAAAUGACAAAACUUAUUGGAGCGGUGGUACGAAAACAUCAAAGUAUCACUAAUGCUUGA